AUGAUCACGCACGAUACCCUGUACUCGCUCGCCAACUCUCUCGGCGCGCUGGCGAUGAUCACCGUCGUCGCUUACCACUUCGUCGCGGUGAACGCGAAAUAUUUGGCGAAGAACGGGGCCGGGUACAUACGAACGAUCGACACGUUCAGCGGGAGCUAUGACACUAAAUUCUUUUAUAAAGAUGGAGAUCCUGUCCGCAUUCGGGGUAUCGAAUGCUUGCAGAUUACUGAAGUGUGA